AUGAUGGAGAGUACGUCAAAAACUAUUCAUAGACUACAUAUUCAUAGCUUUUCCGCAGAGCCCAAGUACGAAUUGUCAAUGUGUGUGACUACGCUCUAUGGCGCCGAGCCCAAGUGGUUACAGAUCAUUGAAAUGAUUGAGCAUUACAGGUUACAGGUACAUGCCAUCCAUCUAACUUUUCCGGAAUGGACCGAAGUCUUGCAAGUCUGCUUUUCAUUUCUGUUUGUGUUUUCAGGGUGUUGAACACUUCUAUCUACAUAUUCACAAUGCAACUACUUAUGAUCUAAAGAUAGUAAAUGAGUACGUCCGAACUGGAGAACUGGAAGUGCAUUACCUCUACGAGAGAGACCAGAGAACUGACGAUCACUGGCAAAUGGUUAGCAUUGCGGACUGUCUGAUGUGGUCGAGAAAAGAGUCAAAGUGGACGAUAUUCGCAGAUUUGGAUGAAAGGAUUCUGAUGACCGAGUACAACGGGACCAUUCUCGACUACCUUCGAGAAAUCAAAGACGAAAAGAUCGCGUCAGUGAAGUUCAGACAGCAGUGGAUGUUGAAAACGGAACUGUUGCCCGAGAAGUAUAAGGAUGAGAAACAGGUAGGCUCUUCCCUUUUAGCUAAAUUCAACAGCUUAUACUUUUAGAUAGAAGAAUGGAUGCCUACUCACCGAUGGCACAAUUCCACUGGUAUUGGUCCGACAGGGCAUACCACAAAAUGCAUCAUAGACAGCUCGAAAGUGUUCAUUCAUUAUGUGGGUGCACAAUGUAGAAGAGUUCUUUCCUGGACACGAAUACUACGAGUACAAUCUAAUGCCUGAGGAAGGCCUCGUCAGGUAACUUCAGUUCUCGUUUCGAUGUGAGUAUUCGUUGCAGACAUUAUCGAGAUCAAUCACUCGGCGAUUGGGGUCGGAAAUGGUUGAAAGAGACCCUUCAGUUCGGCCGUUUGCAAUUGACAGACUAUCCGCAAAAGUACCUGGAAGAAUUAACAAAAAAUGUUAAACAACGGGCUCAAUAUGUUUACGGGAAUAAGUAUGAUUGACUGGUUCAUUGACAGUGUGUAAUAAAAAUUAUUCGAAGAUUGACAGAACAGAAAACAUGACUGACUUCACAAUUUCUCCGUGAAUGCGCUUUGAAGCACGAAAAAGAGCAAUAGUGUGCUCUUUCCCAUUUCCUCUGUAGUAUGCUCUCGGAUCACAUCCUUCGGUAGCCGUGCUGCGCUUCACAUCGCAUGUUGUGUAGAGUGUCAUUGACUGAUAAUCGAGUACAAAAGUACGCCGCUUCUCCGUUAUCACAGUUGCCGAGACUUCCUCUCCUCGUCGCAAACAUUCACACACCACCCUCGUCCGCCCGACUGAUCAGUAUCAGAACAUUCCGAAAAUUCUUCCUCCCUUUAGAAAUGCAUAAAUUCUAUCGUCUUCUGCUCAUUUGCCUUCUCGUCUUUCUUCUCGUUUUCGAGGCAUUCUACAGUGGCCACUUUUUCUCGUCUCCUACUUUCAAACGUUCUUCCGGAUAUGUCAAGUUUUAUUCGAUCAGUGAAAAUGUUGCUUCAACUGGUCACAUGUCUUCCACAACUGAAAAAGUGAAUGCGACUGAUGCAUCGUUGUACUUAAUUGACGGAAUUGAUCGAUUCGCUUGGUACCUCAAAAGAGCAACCAAAGAUACUGUUAGUUUCCAUACUGAAUGAUAUCCUAUUAAACCUUUGUUUCAGUUGAAAAAGGCGUCGAAUAUUAGCACGCUAUAUGGCUACGAGUUUGAGCAUGAGAUAACAGUGACUGUGACAUCCUGGCAGAGGACUGGGCACGUUAUUCUACAUUCAUUUUCAUAUGAACGGUUUCAUUUUCAGCUUCCGAGUGUACUGUAGAUACCUGAAUAAAUCAAACAAAGAGAUUGGAGAGGGUGAGGAGAGUAUCACGUAUCCAGAUUACAUGGUGAACUGUCCGAAAAGAACCGGUACCUGGAAGAUUGGAAUAAGUGUGGAGAAGACGGGAGAGUUUGAAGCACUUCCACUUGUGAACCGGAUGAUGAGAGGUAAAGGAAAGAUGAAGCAUAAGAUAAAUUGAAAUUUGCAGAGCCCAAGUACGAAUUGUCAAUGUGCGUGGCUCCGCUCUAUGGCGCCGAGCCCAAGUGGUUACAAAUCAUUGAAAUGAUUGAGCAUUUCAAGUUACAGGUACACGCCUUCCAUCUAACUUUUCAAUUUUCUUUUGUGGUUUUAUGGAGUUGAACACUUCUAUCUUCAUAUUCACAAUGCAACAAAUUACGAUCUGAAAAUAGUGAAUGAGUACGUCCGAACUGGAGAACUGGAAGUGCAUUACCUCUACGAGAGAGACCAGAGAACUGACAACCACUGGCAUAUGGUUAACAUUGCGGACUGUCUGAUAUGGUCGAGAAAAGAGUCAAAGUGGACGAUAUUCGCAGAUUUGGAUGAAAGGAUUCUGAUGACCGAGUACAACGGGACCAUUCUCGACUAUCUUCGAGAAAUCAAAGACGAAAAGAUCGCAGGAAUACAGUUCAGACAGCAGUGGGUGUUGAAAACGGAACUGUUGCCCGAGAAGUAUGAAGGCGAGAAUCAGGUAAGCUCUUCGAUGUGUGCUCUCAUGAAUUGUUUACAUUUUGAGAUUGAGAAAUGGAUGCCCGCUCAUAGAUGGCACAACUCUUCAGCCAUCGGUCCGAGCGGCCACACCGCUAAAUGCAUCAUCGACAGCUCGAAAGUGUUCCGAAUGUGGGUGCACAACGUGGAAGAAUACUUUCCAGGACACGGUUACUUUAUGAAGAAGUUGACGCCGGAGGAAGGACUCGUCAGGUAACAGAUCUAAAUCGUUUUCACAUUUCAAUUCGCUCCUUCAGACACUAUCGCGACCAAACCCUCGGCAGUUGGGGCGAGAAGUGGUUGAACUCGACACUCCGAUUUGGACCGCUUCGUCUCACAGACUAUCCGACAAAGUUCCUCGGAAAACUGACGACGUUGGUGAAGAAGAGAGCCCGUUACGUGUACGGCAACGAACACGAAUGAUUCGCUCAGUAUUUAUAAAUGCAAAUGAAUCCGACGAUCUCAGUGCACAUAAGGUAGAUAAAAGCUCCACUUUUACAUGUGUCUUCUCUCUUGUUACGGUGGUGUCAAGUUUCUCGUUCAUAAAACUUUUAUGAGGACUCUGGAGUUUAACAACUGUGAACAAUUGAUUGAGCAAUCAAGGACGACUAUAAGAAACGUGUUGGAGACUACGAAGCAGAAAUCAUCAAGCCGAGAGCAUCGCAGUUCUUCUGAAGACAGCUUACGAAGAGUAUGUCGCUCUUCACAGCAGCAAAACAAAGGAAUCUACUGCCUACCCACAAGUGAUCCACGUCUCCCCACACCACGCCAUCAACUCCAAUGAUGUCCAUGCAACUUCCAGCGUCCUCUCCAGCGACGACACAGAAAUCCAAUGCAUUCAAUGCAACCACAACAUCACGUUCCAGUUCAAGCAGCACAACAAAUCCAACAAAUCCAUACAACUCCAGACUCCAAUUCAUGUGCAAUGA